AUGUCGACAACAGCACAACAAACUCCCGCCGCAAUAGCCUCUCUAUACGUAUCAGAAAACAUUGCACACAAUAUCAAAACCAUCACAUUCAUACGAUCCUCUUUAUCCGCAAUAACAGGCUCCGCUGCCGGAGUGCUCGGUCUAACCGGGUACAGCGGAUUCCUAUUCUACGCGGCCACUUCACUAUUCAUGUCGGUGCUUAUUUGGACCGUGAAAACCAAGGCUAAACCCGCCUUAUAUUUUAAGAGUGGGAGUGAUGUAUGGACUGAGGGUGUGUUUGGCGGCAUGUUUUCGUAUGUGUUGUUUUGGACGCUGUUGUAUGGUAUUGUUCAUG